AUGGCUCGUGGACCAAAACACCAUUUGAAACGCCUUGCUGCACCAAGACAUUGGAUGCUUGAUAAACUUGGAGGAGUUUUUGCUCCACGUCCAGUUGCAGGACCUCACAAACUUCGUGAAUCUCUUCCUCUUAUCCUUUUCCUUCGUAACCGUUUAAAGUAUGCUCUUACAUACAGAGACGCCCAAGCUAUUUGCAAGGAACGUUCCGUUAAAGUUGACGGUAAAGUCCGUACUGAUAUGAGAUAUCCAGCUGGAUUCAUGGAUGUUAUUUCUCUUGACAAGACAAAUGAAGUUUUCAGACUUCUUUAUGACGUUAAAGGAAGAUACACAACUCACAGAAUUACCAAACAAGAAGGAAGCAUUAAACUUUGUAAAGUUAAGAAGGUCUACACUGGACAAAAAGGUGUUCCAUGUUUAACAACUCAUGAUGGAAGAACUAUCCGUUAUCCAGACCCACAUGUCAAGAAUGAGGAUACAGUUGUCAUUGAUAUUGAAUCAGGAAAAAUUACUGAUUUCGUCAAAUUCGAUGCCGGAAACCUUUGUAUGAUCACCGGAGGACGUAACACAGGAAGAGUAGGAAUUAUUGGACACAGAGAAAAACAUCCAGGAUCUUUUGAUAUUGUUCACGUUAAAGAUGCUGCUGGACAUUCCUUUGCCACACGUGCCAACAACGUUUUCGUUAUCGGAAAAGGAGCUACUCCAUUAAUCUCUCUUCCAGUUGGAAAGGGUAUUAAACUUACAAUUGCUGAGGAGCGUGAUGCUCGUCUUGCUGCUAAAAAGAAGCAAUAA